CCCCGCCCGGCUCUCCAGGUUCACUCUCUGUCUCUCACUCCGUGAGACACAGACGGCAGCUUUCUGAGUCGGGGGACAGGCUGAAGCAGCGCCACACAAGUGCCACCGCUCGCCCGGAGAAGACCUAGGCAAGGGGAGAGCAAACUAAGCCCGGAGCUCCAUCCCUCCUCUACACGGUUCCUCCAGGCAGACCCGGCGGUUCCGCGCCCCCGCGCGAUACCUAUCGCAGCCACUUCGCGGGGCGUGCCUGGACUUGGGUCGCAGAUCGGAAAGAGCCAGGCGCGAGGCAACGGCGGCCCAGGAGCGAGGGUGCGCUCACUGGGACUGGAAAGGAAGGAGUGAGUGGCGGACUGGGCGGCGGCGGCUGUAGCCGCUGGUGCCUCCCCACCUCUCCGCUUCACGGGCAGCACCGCCUCCAGGGCCGGGGCCGCUCGGCCGGGUCUUCUGCGCGUUCCCGGGCCCGGAGCCGGCGCACGAUGCGCCCGGCUGCCUUCUGAUCGCUGCUGCGCCUCCGCCUCCGCCGAGAUGAUCCCCCCUGAGCCGCCACAACAGCAGCUGCAGCCGCCACCACCGCCAGCCCCGCCGAACCAUGUGGUGACCACCAUAGAGAACCUGCCGGCCGAGGGCAGCGGUGGCGGUGGCGGGAGCCUGUCCGCUUCCUCCCGGGCUGGCGUGCGCCAGAGGAUCCGCAAAGUGCUGAACAGGGAGAUGUUAAUCUCUGUGGCUCUGGGUCAAGUGUUAUCUCUUCUUGUUUGUGGAAUUGGCCUGACCAGCAAGUACCUGUCAGAAGAUUUCCAUGCUAAUACACCAGUCUUCCAGAGUUUCCUCAAUUACAUCCUUCUCUUCUUGGUCUAUACCACCACCCUAGCUGUCAGACAAGGUGAAGAAAACCUCCUGGCAAUUUUACGACGAAGAUGGUGGAAGUAUAUGAUCCUGGGACUGAUAGACCUGGAAGCCAAUUACCUGGUGGUCAAGGCUUACCAGUACACGACCCUGACCAGCAUCCAGGUACCAGUGGCUCUUCUUUUCUCAAUUUCCCCUUAUAGUUUACAUUCAGUUUAAUAUCUUGGAAAUCUG